GUCAUGUGACAACAGUCGUGUGGAUUUUUCCGGUGUUAUUUUUCUCCUCCAGGUCUCCGGGUGUCACUUGUUUAUGGGAUAACGUGACUCAGUGCCCAAGUUUCGAAAUCACAUUCUGCAGAAGCCUUUGACUGUACCUGGUACAGCUAGAGAAGGCAUGACUAGAGCAACGAGAUGAGGUUACCGGUGUUGACGACCAUUCUGACCGCAGUAGUCUUAAGAAGCAACGGACUGAGUCAGUAUGACUUACGUCUCGUGGGAGGUAACAAUAGUCUAGAGGGCCGAGUUGAGGUGUAUGUGAAUGGCACGUGGGGAACAGUCUGCGAUCAGAAAUGGGACUUGGUUGACGCCACAGUCACCUGUAGGCAGCUGGGCUACGGCAUGGCUUGGUCAGCCGUUUAUGGCGCUUAUUUUGGCCAGGGCAGUGGCAAAAUAGUUUUUGCCGAUGUUGAGUGCCUAGGCUGGGAGGACAAUCUUCACAGUUGCCUGAUGAACACCCAUAACAACUGUACACACUCCCAAGACGCUGGAGUUAUUUGCACUGGAACAAAUUAUACCACAGGUGAAUAUGACGUUCUACUCGUGGGUGGUAGCAGCACCCUGGAGGGCCGCGUGGAGGUGUACGUCAAAGGUCGUUGGGGAACAAUCUGUGAUGAUCAGAACGGUUGGGGGAUGAAUGAAGCCAGCGUGGUAUGUCGGCAGUUGGGCUUUCGAAGCGCUAAGAGGACUUCAAGACCGCACGAAUUUGGGCGGGGCACAGGAGAUAUCGUUCUGGGUAACGUCAGGUGCAAUGGAUCGGAGAGCAACUUACAGCAGUGUGUCCGGCAUGAAGACUCCCACGUCUGUUUGCAAUACAUAGCGGUUGGCGUAGUGUGUAGCAACAAUGAAAGAGACGAAUAUGAUAUCCAGCUCGUUGGUAGCUCUAUCGAUCGAUGGGGACGAGUGGAGGUGUACGUUGACGGUACUUGGGGCACGAUCUGCGGUGAGGGAUGGGAUAUCGACGAUGCCGCAGUAGUGUGCUGGCAGCUGGGUUACGGCAAGCCUACCACAGCCCCUGAUGAGUGGGGAAACUAUGGCCAAGGCAGCGGGGACAUAUUCAGUGUUACUUGCAGAGGCACGGAGGACUUGUUGAUUAAAUGUACAUGGGGUUAUGUGAACAACUGUGAUUACUCAACAGACGCCGUGGUUGUCUGUAGCCCACCAGAUGGACAUUCAUUAGGGCAAACGCUGCGGCGUUCUCUCAUAAUGGCCAAAGAUGGUAAAGGCAUCAAAACUCAAGUUUCUGCAGUGUAUGUAAAAUGUCUCUCCUUUUUAGCAGAAAAGGGAUCUGUGCGAUUGGUUGACGGGGCUUCACUCUACGAAGGGCGUGUGGAGAUAAAUGUAGGCGGGAUUUGGGGAACGAUUUGCGAUCGAAAUGGUUAUUGGGAUAAAGAUGAAGCUGAUGUUGUCUGUGGUCAACUGGGUUACAGCUACGCUAAGUCGUCAAAGAAGGUGUACAUGGGUACAGGGACUGCUCCUAUCUUAAUUGGUGACGUUAUCUGUAGCGGUUACGAGAGCAAGUUGGAUGACUGUUCCUUUACUGACGCAUCGAUGGCCUGUAUUCACCAAGAUGACGUGGGGGUAGAAUGCAUCCAAUCCCCAUCGGGCUCUUGGUCCACAGCAGCAAUUGUGGGUAUCGUCAUCGGUGGGAUUUUCGCUGUUGUUCUCCUGUUCAGUUUGAGUGUCAAGGUUUACAGGUCAUCUGUCACACACUCGCCUGGGGCGCCACAGGUCUCUCGGUCUCGGACAUCCCAUGAUGAUAUUGUGGGACUUGCCCGGGCAACAUCUCAAGACGACAGUGUGUCCGACUCUUACAGAGACCUCCCUCCGCCAUACAGUGACGUCAUUAGCGGGUCAUCAGCCUACCCAGUGGUCCAUUCAGGCGGUCCUUGUUCGUUGACUACGCCCAGUCUUCGAGAUCCUCCUUCUAGUCAGCCCUGUCCGCCCAGCCCGCGAUGUUCCACAACCCCCCUGCCUGACAGCAGCGGGAUGAGGUUACCGUUGUUAACAACCAUUCUGACCGCAGUAGUCAUAAGAAGCAACGGACUGAGUCAGUAUGACUUACGUCUCGUGGGAGGUAACAAUAGUCUAGAGGGCCGAGUUGAGGUGUAUGUGAAUGGCACGUGGGGAACAGUCUGCGAUCAGAAAUGGGACUUGGUUGACGCCACAGUCACCUGUAGGCAGCUGGGCUACGGCAUGGCUUGGUCAGCCGUUUAUGGCGCUUAUUUUGGCCAGGGCAGUGGCAAAAUAGUUUUUGCCGAUGUUGAGUGCCUAGGCUGGGAGGACAAUCUUCACAGUUGCCUGAUGAACACCUAUAACAACUGUACACACUCCCAAGACGCUGGAGUUAUUUGCACUGGAACAAAUUAUACCACAGGUCAGUAUGCUGUAGGCCUUGCUUACGGCAGGAACCAUCUUGAAGGCCGGUUGGUGGUUUUCAACAUAUCCGCUGAUGGUCCAGGGGGAACAGUCUGCGAUGCCGAGUGGGACUUGAACGACGCCGCUGUAGUGUGCAGGCAGCUCGGCUACGGCAGGGCUUCCGCUGCCGUUACUGGUGCUUUAUUUUUUGGCUGGGGCAGCACCGAAAUCGUGUUUAAUAAGGUCAACUGCAAAGGUACGGAGAGCAGCUUACUGGAUUGCCAGCUAAGCAUCAGUGAAGACUGCAGUGGAUCUUCGGGCGCUGGAGUCAUCUGCACUGGUACAGAUUAUACCACAGGUCAGACACGGCUCGUGAAUGGGACCGACGCCCUAUCGGGCCUGGUGGAGGUGUAUCUGAACGGUUCUUGGGGAACCGUCUGCGGUGAGGGAUGGGAUAUCGCCGAUGGCACGGUGGUGUGUGGGCAGAUGGACUACGGCAAGGCUACAGAGGCCAAUGGGUGGUUGGCUUUUGGCCCGGGAAAGGGUAAUAUGGUUUUGGAUGGCAUCUCCUGUACAGGAAAGGAAAACAACUUAAUGGACUGCCCGAGGAACGCCUCUGUGCACGACUGUGACCCAUCAAGACCCGCAACUGUAAUGUGCUCUACUCCAAAUAGGUUUGACCUACGGCUACGGAAUGGAAGUAGCUACCUGGAGGGCCGCGUUGAGAUGUACAAGAACGGUGUUUGGUGGAUAGUCUGCGAUGAAGGGUGGGAUAUCGUUGAUGCCAUGGUAACGUGCCGGCAGCUGGGUUACGGGAAGGCUACCUCUGCCCCUAGAUCGGCAUUUUUUGGAAACGGCAAGGGGUGGAAAGGUAUGGGUCCCGUAAACUGCGACGGAACGGAAAGCAAGUUGCACUACUGUACACAGGAGACAUUCCCUGAUCCCUGUUACGCCGCCGGAGCUGUCUGCAGUCAUGUAGAUGAAUAUGACGUUCUACUCGUGGGUGGUAGCAGCACCCUGGAGGGCCGCGUGGAGGUGUACGUCAAAGGUCGUUGGGGAACAAUCUGUAAUGAUCAGAACGGUUGGGGGAUGAAUGAAGCCAGCGUGGUAUGUCGGCAGUUGGGCUUUCGAAGCGCUAAGAGGACUUCAGGAUGGGCAGAAUUUGAGCAGGGCACAGGAGAUAUCGUUCUGGGUAACGUCAGGUGCAAUGGAACGGAAAGCAACUUACAGCAGUGUGUCCGGCAUGAAGACCCUCCGAUCUGUUGGCACAACCAGGUGGUAGGCGUGAAGUGUAGCUACGAUGAAAGAGCUGAACAUGAUGUCCAACUCAUCAGUGGCUUUACCGGAAGGUUGGGACGAGUGGAGGUGUACGUUGACGGUACUUGGGGCACGAUCUGCGGUGAGGGAUGGGAUAUCGACGAUGCUACGGUAGUGUGCUGGCAGCUGGGUUACGGCAAGCCUUCCUCAGCCCCUGGGUGGGGGAAUUAUGGACAAGGCAGUGGGGACAUAUACAGUGUUACUUGCAGAGGUACGGAGAGCAUGCUGAGCAAAUGUGCAUGGGAUGCAGUACACAACUGUAAUCACUCGAAAGACGCCGUGGCUAUCUGUAGCACACCAGAUGAUUAUGAUGUGCGUCUUGUGGAUGGAACCAAUAAGCUGGAGGGGCGAGUGGAGGUGUAUUUAGAUGGGACUUGGGGUACUAUCUGCGAUGACGGUUGGGAUAUAAACGAUGCCACGGUAGUGUGCAGGCAGCUUGGUUACGGUGGCGCUACCUCAGCCCUAAACGAGGCACGCUUUGGUCGAGGCAGUGGGGAUAUCAAAUUGACAAACGUAGCUUGCUCGGCAGCACAGAAAAGCUUGUCCGAUUGUCCAAAGAGUUAUUCCACAUAUAUUUGCAGCCAUUUUGAGGAUGCUGGAGUCGUCUGCAAAGAAAAGAAUACCGCAGAAGAAGGAUCUGUGCGAUUGGUUGACGGGGCUUCACUCUACGAAGGGCGUGUGGAGAUAAACUUAGGCGGGAUAUGGGGAACGAUUUGCGAUCGAAAUGGUUAUUGGGGUAAAGAUGAAGCUGAUGUUGUCUGUGGUCAGCUUGGUUACAGCUACGCUAAGUCGUCAAAGAAGGAGUACAUUGGUACAGGGACUGCUCCUAUCUUAAUUGGUAGCGUGAUCUGUUACGGUUACGAGAGCAAGUUGGAUGACUGUUAUUAUAACUACUUUACGAGCUCAUGUACUCAUGAAGAUGACGUCGGGGUGGAAUGCAACCAACCGGGCUCUUGGUCCACAACAGCUAUUGUGGCUAUGGCCAUCGGUGGGAUUUUCGCUCUUGUUCUCCUGUUCAGUUUGGGUGUCAAGCUUUACAGGCCAUCUGUCACACACUCGCCUGGGGUGCCACAGGUCUCUAGUCGGUCUCGUACAUCCCACGAUGAUAUUGUGGGACUUGCCCGGGCAACAUCUCAAGACGACAGUGUGUCCGACUCUUACAGAGACCUUCCUCCGUCAUACCGUGACGUCAUUAGCGGAACAUCAGCCUACCCAGUGGUCCAUACAGGCGGUCCUUCCUCGUUGACUACGCCUAGUCUUCCAGAUCCUCCUGCUAGCCAGCUCCGUCCCCCCAGCCCGCGAUGUCUCACCCGCGAUGUCCCAUAAACCCCCCCCCCUGCGUUAGGAAACACGCUCGAUCGAUAACCACCCAACCGAUGAACUCCCCUCAUAUCUAGUGUUGUAGAUAUGGCAUACCACCCAGUAACAACAGAGAACUCUUUGGCUCUUUUUGCUUGGCUUUGAUCGUAAUUCUAACACCAAACAUCUUGCAUAAUAGUGAUUUUUAAAUGGUUGGGUAUGACAUUUUGCUACAGUAAAAUCCAACUCAAAACAGUUAGUAAUGAUGUAGAUUUACAAAAUUAAAAGUGGAUGUGGGAAUAAAACACACAAAAGGCAGAUGAAAGCGAUUGGAAUAUUUGUAAAAAGGGGUUUAUAACAGGAUUUUCAUCAUUAACAAUGAAACCGAUUUACCUGCUAAAAGGCGUUUCUGUAUUUCAGUGACAAAAAAGAUACAGUUGUUAUAUAUUGAAACAAAUAUGUGCAAAGAAGCCUUAAGGCACCUUUUUGUAUGUACGUUGUUUGGGUGUGUUACGUACACCAUGCGUUUUACUUUCACGGACACACAAAUCGCGUGUGCGUUACAUUUGGCCAUCAAAAUCGGCCUGGGAGCGAUUUUGACGGAUACGCAACGCUUGGUGCAAGUGUUGACACGCAUAUGGAAAUACGCCUUAAAACUUGUGUGUGCGUGCACUUUGAUCCAUUUUGUACCAUUCUGGUACAUAUUGUAAGAGGAUUUUCAGUUACGAGACUUUUGACGGUCAGCUUUCAAUUUACACAGAUGUGCGCAGAAACACACGCGCAUUCGAAGUCUUUGAACAUUCUGGCGUACGUGAAACUGCCAAUAGAAAUAUACAGAUGCGAAAAUGCACGCGCCUCCACGGACAUGGUAUACUUCCUGAAAUGCCUUUGGCCGUCAUGUUACGUCACGUGAUAAACCUCUACUGAGGUUUUCGUAUUGUCGACACUGUAACACUUCGUAAACUUAUACUGACCAGUAAUUUUUAAACAUGUUUUAAUAGGCUAAGACUCUUUGUAGAUCUUUAACAAUUGAUGUGGACAUUAAGAAUUGAACACGUAAUGCCAAACUUCUUAUUAAACGUGUUUACGACCUGAUGCCCAAAUUUUCUCGACCAAUACUCAACACUGAUUAUCUCAGUAGGUCUGUACCGUUGUGGGUGUAAUAAUUCAGUGCUUCGGGAGUGAAAGACGAAGACAAAAAUGUUGAGUUCACAAGAAGUUCGCAAUCGAACCGCAGGAUCUCUUUGAUAAUAUUGCAAAGAGGCGUGUAAAUUCCUGGUAUGUAACCCCGGGGCUGUACGUUAUGUCAUGCUUGAAUCACAUGUACAUCCAUGUACACUUGUAUUUCCGCGCACCGAAAGGAAGUAAAA